AUGAAACGAUCAAUCGGCAGUAUUAUUUUAUUGUUGAUGUUUGUUCGCAAUUCUUCUGUUACACAGCAGAUCACUAAUAUAAUAUCAUCAUCAGAUUCUGCUAAUACACAGACAAAUGAUCAACAAGGUCUUUUAAAAACUAAAUACAAAAAACGUCUGGAGAAAAUUGAUCAUUUUCUCAACGAAUUAACAGAAAAAAAGGAAUUUAGUGGUAGUGUGUUAAUAUCGAGACAUGGACAGUUACUUUUAUCGAAAGGUUAUGGUUUUAGUGAUUAUUUAAAUUUAUCCAAUUUAAACACAUUUAAAACAAUGUAUGAAAUUGGUUCAUUAACGAAAGAAUUCACAGCACUUAUAAUAUUAAAAUUGCAUGAAUUUGGCUUAGUAAAUGUAAAUAAAGAUUAUUUAUCAAAAUAUUUACCCGGAUAUCCACAUUCACAUCAAAUACGUAUAGAAAUGUUGUUACAACAUAUAUCUGGUAUUAAAGACUAUACAGAACUGCCUCUAUUUGAAGAAGUAUAUGUAGGAAAAACAUAUGCAUUAAAUGAGUUAAUAAAACUAUUUAGUCAUUUACCAUUAGAUUUUAAACCUGGGACGAAAUUUGAAUAUUCCAAUUCCAAUUAUAUUGUCUUGGGUGCAGUGAUUAAACAUGUUAUGUCCUCGGCAUCUACGCUAUCGAAACUUGGCAUAGAAGACAAAGAAAAUGCAUAUAGACAAUUAUUACAUAAAUAUAUAUUAAAUCCAGUAAAAAUGCAUCAUACAAUUUAUGAAAAUGGACACGAUGAUAAUUAUUAUAAGGAGGAUAAUUAUAGAGAGAAAUAUCAAAUUGCACAAGGUUUGUUAUCUGUUUUUUGA